UGUUGCGUUUUUAAGAAUUCAUGUCAGAUUUAACAAAGCUUAAAAAUGGAAUACGCGAGUCAUGUAGGUCACUGAAAAGUCUUAUAAUUCUAAGAGGUAUCUGUAUUUUCACCGAAAGACUUUGAAGCAACAAAUCCGGAGUUCGUUUAUUUUUUUACUCGAAGGAAUAUUGAUUUAUAUAAUCAGUCUAUCUCGAUUUCUUUAUCUGAAGGUGGUGCGUUUGAUUAUAACAGACUCGAGAAAUCUAAGAAGAGGAAUAUUUGCUUAAAUGUAUCGAAAUUUUUUUGUCAGUGUUUUCCUGAUUUUUCUCACUAUAUUAAAGACGACACAACCAUUUGAAAUCUUCGAUAGCUAUGCUGUGGUAGUAAGUGACAGUCCAACAUCAACAUGUGUGCAACACAACGACAUACAAAGCAUCCUUCUGUGUUUUGUAAGAUGCAUCAAAAGCCUCAGUUUUUUCUACAUGAUCAGCUAUAACACCAAAGAUCAUCGAUGUAUGUGCUGCGUGAAUGGGUCAGGGACUGCUCUAAUUAGUCAAGAUUGGACUUCCUUUAAGCCUCCCCAGUGUCCCGCUGGAUACUCAGUAUUUCAGUAUUUGGAUUCUGAGAUUUGUGUAAAAUACGUAAACAAGGGAACAACGUACCCGGAAGCAGUUAUCAGUUGUAAAACAGACGGAGGGGAUCUUAUAAGAAUUGAUUCAGAGAAGAAGUACGACAUAUUUAAAAGAUUCUCAGCACCAUAUGCAACUGUGGAUCCCAUUGAGGUCUGGGUUCAAGGAGAGAAACUGAAUGGUGAAUGGAGAUUUCACGACCUCACACCGAUGCCCACUAUUUGUCCACUCAGUGAGUCCAACCACACAGUGGAGAUUCAUCUAAGGGCUAUGAGUAUUUACAACUUCUCCUGUGUUGAUUCUUAUCCAGGUGCAAAAUAUCACUAUGUUUGCGAAAAGCAUCGUCUUUUCUAUUCACGUUUGUAAUGUUGCUCCAUUC